AUGAAGGGCUUAGGAGAUAACAGAAGCCGCCACCUCUCCGAUAACCUGGACUCCCCUCAAGACUCUCUUUAUGCCCCCCAGGACAGGAACCCUUAUCUCCUCAGCCCCACCGACUCCUUCACCAUGGACCCCCGGUUCCCAGCCCAGAAUACCCUCCACGGCGACUGUCUGCUUCCACUCAACAACCAGAUCUCCAACAGCAGCACUUUCCCCCGCAUCCAUUACAACUCCCACUUCGAGGUCCCGGAUGACAACCCUUUUCCGAGCCAUGCCCAAGCCACUAAAAUCAACCGCCUGCCUGCCAACCUCCUUGACCAGUUUGAGAAGCAGCUGCCCAUCCACAGAGACGGCUUCAGCACCCUCCAGUUUCAGAGGAGCGACGCGAAGCACCGGAGCGAGAGCCCCGGGCGCAUCCGGCACCUUGUCCACUCUGUCCAGAAGCUGUUCGCCAAGUCCCAGUCUCUGGAGGGCCCCGCCAAAGGCAACGUGAAUGGCAAGAAGGGGGCGGAUGACCCCAAGCAAAACCGGAGGAGCAAGAGCAAAGACCGAGCGAAGACCUCCGAGCCCAAGCGCAGGACCAGAUCCAACAUAUCAGGCUGGUGGAGCUCAGAUGACAACUUAGACAGCGACACCUGCAGCUACCGCAACCCAAUGGGCCUCAUGACACUGGGCCGGCAGCCGGACCACAGCCAGCCGAAGUAUUUCAUGCACGCUUACAAUACCAUCAGCGAGCACAUGCUGAAAUCCUCCAAGAGCAAUAACGACCUCAAGGUCACCCCUUGCACCAAUAUCCCCAUCAACAAUGACUCCAACUACAUUAAGAGGGGCUCCUGGUCCACGCUGACGCUCAGCCAUGCCCGGGAAGUGUGCCAGAAGGCCUCCGCCACGAUCGACAAAGCCUUGCUGAAAUCCAAGUCCUGCCAUCAAGACUUGGCCUACCACUACCUGCAGGUGCCUCAGGGGGAGUGGAACAACACGCUGUCUCGGGACAAAGACAGCGAGAUCCCGUGCCGGCGCAUGCGGAGCGGGAGUUACAUCAAAGCCAUGGGGGAUGAUGAUAGUGAAGACUCAGAAACCAGCCCCAAACCAUCCCCGAAAACUGCAGCUCGGAGGCAGAGUUACCUCAAGGCCACCCAACAGUCCCUGAGUGAGCAGAGCACCACCCAAAGGAGCCUGGACCGCCUGGACUCUGUCGAGAUCCUCCUACCUCCGAAGUUCCCGACCUGGGAGGAAGAAUACAACCAGAUCUCUGACAGCGUCAACGAGUCCAGUUGCAUCAACCAGAUCUUUGGACCCCCCUCACUUAUCCCUCAGAUAUUUACCCAUGGAGAGCAGGUGCCAGAGCCAGAGCUGGGGGAGCAGUACGAGGCGGUCUGCGACUCUACCUACAGCGAGGCCGAGUCGGCCGCCGCGGAGGUGCUGGACCUGCCUCUGCCCAGCUACUUUCGCUCCCGGAGCCACAGCUACCUCCGUGCCAUCCAGGCGGGCUGCUCCCAGGAAGAGGACACGGGCUCCGUCCGCUCCAUCUCCCCGCCACCGGCGGGGCGCCUCGGCGGCAGCAGGACCCUGCCCACCAACAGUUCAUCAUGCCUAGUGGCAUAUAAAAAGACUCCACCUCCUGUCCCACCUCGGACCACAUCAAAGCCGUUCAUCUCUGUCACUGUGCAGAGCAGCACUGAAUCGGCGCAGGACACCUACCUGGACAGCCAGGACCACAAGAGCGAGGUGACCAGCCAGUCGGGGCUCAGCAACUCCUCGGACAGCUUGGACAGCACCAGGACACCUAGUGUGACGAGGGGAAGCAUUGUGACUCCAGCAAGAGAGACUCCGGAGUUACCCCAGAAAAAUGCAACUUUGAAAAGUGACAAAGGGACUCUGACUAGCGAAGAGCCUAAAGUGGAGAACAUCCCCAAAAGAAAGCUGUCGUCCAUAGGAAUACAAGUUGACUGCCUUCAGCCAGUGGCAAAAGAGGAGCCUCCUCCGCCAGCCACCAAAUUCCAGUCCAUCGGGGUACAGGUAGAGGACGAGUGGCGAAACAGCCACUCUCGCAGCAUGUCCUCCAAACAGGACACAGACUCUGACACGCAGGAACUGAAUAACUCUAGCUGUAAAUCAUCUGAGAGAAGCCUCGCUGAGUGCCCCCAACACAACAACUCCGUUGGUGUUGAUGCCACUACCCGGCAACCAGCCAAGCCCUCGCAGAUUAAGAGAAACCUCUCCUAUGGAGAAAACAGUGACCCAGCCCUGGAGCCUUCCUCUCUCCCUCCUCCUGACCCCUGGCUUGAGACCUCCUCCACCUCGCCAUCAGAACCCACGCAGCCAGGAGCCUGCCGGCGGGAUGGGUACUGGUUUCUGAAGCUGCUGCAGGCAGAAACGGAGCGGUUAGAAGGCUGGUGCCGUCAGAUGGACCAGGAGACCAAAGAGAACAAUCUCUCUGAAGAAGUCUUAGGAAAAGUCCUGAGUGCAGUGGGCAGCGCACAGUUACUAAUGUCACAGAAGUUCCAGCAAUUCCACGGCCUCUGUGAACAAAACUUGAACCCUAAUGCCAAUCCCAGACCCACAGCCCAAGACCUAGCUGGGUUUUGGGAUCUCCUGCAGUUGUCCAUAGAAGACAUCAGCAUGAAGUUUGAUGAGCUGUACCACCUGAAAGCUAAUAGCUGGCAACUGGCAGAGACACCGGAGAGAAAGGAAGAGAAGAAACCACCCCCUCCAGUGCCAAAGAAGCCAGCCAAGUCCAAAUCCCAGCUGAACCGGGACAAAGCCUCUGAUUCAGACAAGCAGCGCCAGGAAGCUCGCAAGCGUCUCAUGGCCGCCAAGCGGGCUGCCUCUGUCCGGCAGAACUCGGCCACGGAGAGCGCAGAUAGCAUCGAGAUCUACGUACCUGAGGCACAGACCCGCCUUUGAGCAAAGGGGCAGAGGAAGGAACCGUGUGGUUUUUAUAAGUCAUUAAAAAGGAGAAAAAAAAAAAGGUUCUCUCUAAACUAGUGUGAUUUAUUCAGUCUAGAGACAAUGAGCCAUCCUUGAAAAGGGCUCCUGAGUUGGCUUUUUUUCUCUCAGCUUUAAGUAAUGAAGAUUUUAACAAAAAAA